UCCUUGGAGACAACCUUGGAAGCCACGGUAUUGGAGGCUUUGUGGAAAAUUUUAGCUCUGCAAGUCACAUCUGUAGGUUUUGCAUGGCUGAAAGAGCUGACCUUUUUUCUCCAAAUGCACUGUCAGGUAUUUCAGAAAUCAGAACACCGGCCAAUUACAAUAGUGCUUUAUUAGCCCUGCAAGCCAAUGGUUCAAGUAUAGAAAAAGGAGUGAAGUUCAAUUCCUUAUUCAAUCAAUUGAAGUACUUCCAUGUGUGUGCUCCAGGUCUCCCUCCUUGUUUGGCACAUGAUUUAUUUGAGGGUGUUGUUUCAUUUGACCUUUCUUUGUAUAUUCAGCAUUUUGUAACGGUUCUCAAGUGGAUUUCGCUUGAAGACCUUAAUCAGCGCAUAACUUGUUUUCAUUUUAAACAUGAUGAUUUGGCAGACCGGCCGUGUGAAGUUCACUUCAAGAAAGCACUAGGAGGCCAUGCGGUUCAAAACUGGAACAUGUUGCGCUUUCUUCCAUUGUUUCUACUUGGUUCAAUUCAGUCUACGGAAAAUGAUAUCUGGCAACAAGUUCUUUUGCUUUCUGAAAUUGUCCAGCUUGUUACUGCACAUAGUAUCACACUCCCCAUGGUUAUGAGGCUGCAAGACCUUAUAGAGGACUACAUGACGGGCAGAGCACACCUCUUCCCUUAUGUUGCCAUGAAGCCUAAGCAUCAUUACCUGAUUCAUUACCCGUUUCUGAUUACACAGUUUGGCCCACUGAUAAAGAUGUGGACAAUGAGGUGUGAAAGUAAGCACAGCUAUUUCCGUAAGUGUGCAAGAAAUUGCCAGAAUUUCAGGAACUUGACGCACACACUUUCUGAGCGCCAUCAGCUUUAUCAGGCAUAUAAGAACACAGGAGCAGGUAUUCAUGGUUUAGUCAAUAGUUCCUCAUUCUGUAGUGAGCUUUGCACACCAGAAAUACAAAAGGAAGUACGCGAUGUGAUCAUUGAGGAAGGUAAUAUAUUCUCGGCCAGUCAAGCUACUAUCCGUGGCAUCCUUUACAAACAGGACAUGCUUGUUGUCAUGAGGCGGACGGAUGGCGCUCCAGUUUUUGGUGAGAUUAGGCUUAUUCUUGCCAGUAAUGGCGAUCACUUUUUCUUAUUAAGAACUGUCCACACAAGAUAUGAGCCUGCUAUGCUUUUCUACAGCAUUAUCAGUAGUGAUGGUCCUUUCAAAUGCAUGAAGCUUGAAAGCCUCCUUGAUUGGACUCCAUUGGUGCAGUAUAAACUCGCCCGCAACAAGUACCCUGUUGUUGUGUUGAAGCAUGCUAUAUUAGAUUUUGUUUGAUUUCAUGCUUUUGACAGGCAGAAUGGACUUGCGACAGCAUAUUUCCAGUUGGCUGCCGCACUUGGACAAUGAAGUGGUCGAACAGAUUGUACAGAAACUGCUGGACUGUGGUGUUCAGUCACUUGAGCACCUCAAGUAUGUAGUGGAGGGUGACCUAAUGUUCCUGAGUGUUGUCAGCAGACGCAUCCUGCUCGAAAAGUUCCAGACAGCUGCUUCACCAGCCGUGCAAGCGUCCAUUCCCCAAGGAAGCGAAGCUUCUGUGAGCUUGCUGGGCCAGGCUUUUGAUAUUCCAUGGGACGCAUUUCCACCCGAACUCAUGAAAGCAUGUCAAGAUGGCAGGCGCCCACUGAAAAGUGAUCUGAAUGAAAUGAUUAGGACACUAAGUGACAGGGUGCUUGCCUGCUACCAGAAGCCUGGGCGAAAAGUGCUGCGAGUCAUUGCGAGUGAAAUUGUCAGCAAAUAUCCAAGAACUUUUGAGGACACCCUCAAUGGCACCAUCAUUGCUACAGGACUAGAAACGCUUCUAUGGAAGCUGGAGAAUUGUAUUAACAACAAAAGAAGGCACAGUUCUGAGUGUUCGAAGCGGUGUUUUUCAGAAGAUGAAGAAUUGACCACAAAGAAACCACAACUCCAAAAAGAUUCUUAUGGCUGUGUAGCCUGGCAGCCUGACCUUCCGUCUACGGAAACAGCUGAAACUCAAGAGAACAAAAGAAAAGAGUUGCAAGCCCAAUUCAGGCUAGCUUCCCCAAACAGUUCACGAGUCACACAGCUAAUGGCCGAAACGUAUUCGUCACAGAGGCAGGUGAUUAAUGCCAGCAGAAGCGUGGUGAACGUGAAGGAGAACUGGCCUUUCCUCUUUGAAGAAGCACACAUGUGUUCACAUGUCAAUACACUGCUGGGGUUCAGUGCCUCGCAAACAUUUGACGAUAAAGUUAAGACUGUUGGGCGACAGGUUUUUAGGUAUGCUCACAGCUUAAUAAAGAAGCCGAACGUGAGGACAUGCCUAGAGGAAAUUGAAAAGGCCAGAAUUGAAACGAAAUCAAUGGCUGUAGAGUAUGAAGCCACUCCCCUCCUCCUACUUGCCAUCUUCGAUGAAGACCGGGAGCUAUUCUGCAAGGUAGUCGAGGAAUCUGCUAGUGAUGACGACCUUGGGGACAUGCCGUGUUCUCCUUUCAUCAUUGCAAAAGGAGGCAGUUUUCUUACUGCUAAGAGCUUCGUCGUAUGUGUCGACAGCCUGCCAGCGAUGCGUGCAACGAACCCCUGCCAGGCGUUCAAGCUGAUGUUUUUUGUUCACUUCGCGUUCAACGUUGCAUACCCCAAAGACACAAGCCUCUGCCUGGAGUUCACACAGCGGUAAGUAUCGAGUUUUCUUGUUAACUAAGCUGUCAUAAUCUUCUUUUG